CAUGAAUGACAUCACCAUCGAUACCGAGUGUCAAAACAUUUGUUUGAGAGGUGCGUGUUUACAAACAACUUUGUUUUUACUGUUCCGUUGUUGAUCAACGGAGUUUCAUUGAACAAUUUCGAUUCGUUGUCGCCGGAAUUCAUUGUCAAUGUCUUGUUCAAAACCUUUAAUCAACCCGUACUACAGCAAGUAUGACACACCGAAACCGCAAAAUCGAUUCCAACGAGCAGUGUUCAAUGGUCGCACGGCAAAGGUGAAGGAUCUCAUAUGCAGUGGUGAAAAUGUCUAUGUCACAACCGAUCUGGACGAAAGUCCUCUAUUCAUUUCGAUCGUUCGCGAUCACAUAUCGAUCGCCAAUCAAAUUCUGAAUGUGUACGAGGACGAUCUACAAUUUGUGCGACAAUUUUUCGCGAAGAAACACAACACCAUUUGGGUAGAGGGACCGGUAUUCGUAGCUCAUGGUACAGAUAACGUUUCCUUGGUGCAUGAACUAAGUGCCGGUAUGGAAGUAUUACCUGAUGAUGGUCCAGACUCGAUGAAAACCAUGGUAAUAUUGCUGAAGUCUUCGCAAGAAAAGAGAGUGUUGUGGCUACGCCCGGAUUCUCAUGAAGACAAUGUAAAUAUUGCCAGGAUAAUCGAAUGCAUAUGGAAUGAUGGUGUCAUCGAUCUGCAUCACAAAGGGCAUUGGGGACGAACAGUGUUUGAUGCGGCUGCUAUUCGAAAUCAACCAGAAAUGUAUUGUCGGUUGAACGCUCUUUCAACUGUAAGUUCGGAAAAAUUGAUCGAAAAUUUACUGCUGAUGUGCAGGCACCACGACGAUAAGUUGGAUUUUUUCAAAACUAUCUGGAACCGAACGGGUGUACAGUUUGACAUCGGAGAACUUCUAUCUACCAACAUAGAUCUGUUGGUUUUGCCAGCCUAUAACGACUUGUUUGAAGUGUUCUUAUUCUUCAUGGAAUCGUUGGCCGAUAAAGUCCGAACCGAGGACAGCAGAGAAGCAACAAUGAGGGACAUUUUGACCACGUACAAAGUUAAAAGUGGCAGUCCAGUCAUUGACACCAUAAUUUGGGCCGAUUGCAAGAGUUUCGUUCAACGAUGCAUCACCCAUUUUCAGCCGAAUUUACUGAAUCGCAGCGCCAGCAACGAAAUUAUUCUCGAAACUCUCAUUGGACAGUGUCCGUCCAAAUUUGUCAGCCAGUUAGUCGUCGAAUGCUUCGACCAAGUCAUCUCCGAAGGUAUAGAAGACCGGAUCGUUAUGCAACUAAUUGAACGGAACUGGAUAGACGCCCUGAAAAUGUUGUACGAUCGCUACGAGUCUACACGGAGAGUUCUGUUACGUGAUAGCAAACGGGGCGUUCAGUUUUUGCUUAGUGCAAUUGACGGAUGCCGGUACAACCUGGUCAAUUAUCUGGUGGAAGCACACCGAGAAGAAUUAACGGAUCCAGACUCCGUGACGUCACUGAUUUUGUACUGUUCCUUCGUGGAACGGAGUAAUUCCAUACUACGGAAACUGUUAGCUCUGCCAGCUGCUGAUGUCUUACGAACUUCUAAUUCGGACCAUUAUUACAAGUCGCCUCUGUAUGUGGCCCUAAAGUUUCGACAUUUGGACAAUUUUCAAUUACUCCUGGAGAAAGUGAAAAAUCCCUGCCAGUUGGGCGACCUCAAAGAAGACAAUGGCGAAAAUCUUCUGUUUGUUGCGAUUUGGUUUAGGGAAAAUCCUGUAGACGAGACGCCAUUUGUGUACAUCGAAGAGGAACAAGCGUCUCUGGAGGUCGUGGACUCUUCGGACGAUGAAGAUGAAUCCUGUCGGAAACGAGCUCGUAACGAAGAGAUCAGGACAGCGGCCAGCCCGUACGCCGAUCCCAUUAUGCCGGAAUCAUUUUUUGCACAGCAAUCGGCCGAAAUGACGCGAAUUUUCGAUUACUUACUGAACGAGGUGAAGUUAGACUAUCAAUGCGUCAACGACUUGGGCGAGACAUUACUUCACGUUGCAGUGAAACAUGAUAAUCUGAAUGCGGUUAAACAGCUUCUGAACUGUGGUCUCCAUCCGAAUGUCAAGGACAUCAAUGGAAACUAUCCGAUGCAUGGGGUACGCAGCGCAUCCAUUUUGAAUGUAUUGCGUGAACACAAAUGUGAUGUAAAUGUCAAGAAUCUCUCCGGUGAAACCCCGUUGCUAGCGUUUGUGAAGGGAAUAGGUGACGGACAGGAGAACCUGGCGGCGAGAGAAAUAUUUCUUGUUGAGUUGCUUGAUGCUGGUGCUGAUAUUAAUCAUACCGAUGCGAACGGACUGAGCGUAUUGCAUCUGGUGAAAAACGCCAGCAUUGCACAAACAUUACUUCAGCACGGUGCACCAAUAAAUGCUAAAAGCAACGAAGGUGAAACCCCAAUUCUGUAUGCGGCUCGUGAGCAUGUUGGGAUUGUCGGAAUUCAGAGUUUAUUCAAAGUAUUUUUGUGUGACCCGGGUCUGGACCUGACAUUGGUCUCGAAGAGCAACGUUAGCAUUUUGUCAGCGCUGGUUUCGUUGGACAACGAGAAUAUGUCUGAAGUCCUUUCAUCAUUUACACAGCACUCGAAAAUUAGUGAACUUGAGAACCUAUUCACGCUACAUUGCAAUGGCGUUGAUCAUUACGGUUGCCCAGUGCUAAUAACAGCCUGCUCAGAGUACACAAAUUCUUACUGUUUGGAUAAAUUGCUCGACGUUAGUCACCUGAAUCCCAAUCUCCAUCCAGACUAUCAACCAUUAGAAGUCAACAAUAAACACGUUAUUCAGCGACUGCUCGAUCGAGGCGCUAAUGUGAACGGAAUGGGUGAUGGCAAACGAAAGACGCCAUUAAUGCAUGCUAUCGGUGGACGUAAUCUCGGCGGUUAUAGCAGUAAUUUUGAAACAUUUGCUUUGCUAUUAGCGACCGGUGCCGAUGUGAGUGUGAUCGAUUCGAAUGGAGAUUCAGCGUUGGAGUACGCAUCGAAAUUAGAAAAUUUAAAAGACGCCCGACGAACAAUAGCCGCGUUGAUUUUGGCAAAUAUUAAUUACAAUAAAGAUGCUGGUGUGAAUGAGUCACCGAUGAAUGAGAUUGUACCGUUUCAGUGUUUGUUUGUGAGGUCUUGAUUGUAUUUUGUAAAAAUUGGUAU